AUGCUGUUCUCCCUGUGGCCCAAAGCCGAAACUCAGCACGCCAUUCAUGACUUGCAUCCAAAGAAGAAAAAGCAUUGGAAGAUCAAGAAGGGUAAGAAGGUGUAUCUGAACUGUGGACAACUCAUGAAGGAGGAUGGGACAUUCGAUCUAUCCGAAGCACAAAUGAAAGCCUACGUGGAAAUGCAUACCGCCAGGCACAUCAUCAUCUACGGCGAGGAGUCGAUCAGGUCAGCGGUCAAGACUUGGGGACAGACGCUGAAGUAUGCAUGGGGCACUUACGAAAAUGUCGAGAUAGGCGGAAUUUUGCGCACUGUCACCUUCCUGCCGCAUCCAGUUUUCACGACGUUCUUUGCCGACAAAGCAAGCCGUCAGCAAGUGGUGGACAUUCUGGAGGAGCUGUUCGUGUGGCACGGCAUCGAUAUCAACAUCCUGGCAUUGCAGAAGACUGUCCAGCGUUGGGCUUCGUUGCCAGAUGCAGCGCAGCCAGAGCUGAAGAAUGUGCAGAUCAAAUGCUUGUCACCAGAGGCGCUGGAAGCGAAACGCCUGAAGGACAAUGCAAAGGCCAGGGCCGUUUACCAUGCAAAAUGGGAAAAGAUGACCGAGGCUGAGAAAGAAGAGAGUCGCAAGAAGCAGAAUGCGCGCAAAAAGAAGGCGAAGGACAGUGCGCAUGAACGCAAUGAGAAGCUGACCGAGGCUGAGAAGGAAAAGAAGGAAGAGAAGCGCAAGAUUGAGAAUGCAAAGUCGUCGGCAAGGUACUUUGCAAAGAAGGAGAAAUUGGCCAAUAUUGCGAAGCUGGCUGCAAUGCCGCACGCGACGGCGGAACAAAAGGCCGAACACGAGCGCCAGGAGGCAAUACGUGAAGAGAAGCUCAAGAAGAAUCGUGCUUCGGCGAAUGCCACUUACCAUGCGAAGAACACCCCCGAGAGGCGCGCGGAGCGCAAUGCACGUCAAAGGGCCACUUACCCUCUGCGCAAGGUCGAGGUGCAGGAGAAGGCGAGGGCCAAUUACCAUGCAAAGAAGGAGCAGGCUGCGCUGGACCAAGCGACGGAGGACGAAGGGGUUGAAGCAGAGGCUGCGAGGCUGGACCAAGCGAUGGAAGACGAAGGGGAUGUAUCAGUGUCUCGCUUGGAGAAGCGGGCCGCUCAGACAGGCUGA